UCAACAGGUGAUACCAAUCAUGUGUUGUAUUUGGUUUUGGUUUCGGGAUGUGUUUCAGUGGGAAAACUGCAUAACUCGGAGAUAUUCCGGAUAACGGAUACUGUAUUUAUAUCUCUGCGGAAUAACGUGUCAGAUGUGGAGAGACUACAAGAAGUUCGACGAAUGCUUAAUUCGGGAACAUUUUAUUUCUCGGUUAUUGUGAGCCCAGACUCGGCUCACAAUCAGUUGCCAUUCGAUCUGACACUUUGUGCCCAAAGAUCUGUCCGCACUUCGGAAACAGACAAUCGCUUCUUCUGGAAUCGUAUGCUUUUCUUACAUCCAUUGAGAUAUGGCGUCAAUACAGACAAAUGGCUGCUCAAAGCCAUGUGCGGCGGGCUUUCCAUUAGCACUGUAUAUGUGGGACACAUUCAGGCGAAGGCAUGCCUUAUAUCACGGCUCAGUUGCGAGAGAGUUGGCACGCGUUUCAAUGUUCGCGGCACUAAUGAUAGCGGAAAUGUGGCCAACUUUGUAGAAACGGAACAAUUCAUUUAUUUGGAGAACAAAGUGGCCUCUUAUGUGAUGACCAGAGGAUCCAUACCAUUGUUUUGGGAACAGACAGGAGUGCAGGUGGGCGCGCAUAAGGUUCGUAUGUCUCGGGGCAGUGAAGUCUCACAACCGGCAUAUGACAGACACUUGGCAUCAAUCCGACAGAGAUAUGGCCAUCAAAUGCUCAUUAAUUUGGUCGGCAGUAGAGAAGGCGAAGGAGUGAUCGGACAGAUGUUUAAAGCGCAUCACAAGAGCUCUCGGUUUGGUAAAGAGAUUCCAUACGUGGCUUUCGAUUACCACCACUACUGCAAAGGUGGCAAAGAAGAGAAUAUCAAAAUUCUUAGGGAUCACAUCCACAAGAAUCUCAAUGAUUUUGGCUUCUUCUAUGACGACGACGAAGGAGUGGUUCAGAGACAACAAACGGGCACUUUUCGUGUCAAUUGUAUUGAUUGUCUCGACAGAACAAAUCGCGUUCAGACUUUCAUUGGAUUAGAAAUUUUGUCCCAACAAUUGGAGUGUUUAGGUGUUAACCAAAAACCAACAAUUGUUUCUCGUUUUGAAGAAGUAUUCAAGAAUAUGUGGAUUCAAAACGGAGAUCAAGUGAGCAGAAUAUACGCCGGAACGGGUGCUCUGGAGGGCAAGUCUAAGUUAAAAGACGGAACGCUAUCAGUCGCCCGAACCAUACAAAAUAAUUUAUUAGAUAACAGCAAACAGGAAGCCAUCGAUAUAUUGCUUACUGGAAAACCUUUAAACAACGAGUACUCAGACAGAGCGCGGUCUCUAUUGGCCACACAUUACCUACACUUACCAUCGAAUUUGUUAAUAUCGAUGUGCGACAGAUAUCUGGAGUUCACAGAAGCGCUGCCCAUUAAAGUGUCUGUCGGCACGUGGAAUGUAAACGGAGGCAAACAUUUCAAUAGCAUUAUCUUUAGAAGAUCUGAUCCAUUGUCUGAUUGGCUGAUCGACAAUAAAAAGAAGAAUAGUUUUGUGCCAAAUAUUAUGGAUCUGUCAUUGAAUUCAUCAUUUAGUGCUUUAGAAGACAACGACUCCUCUCCUACUGAUCUCUUCGCCAUUGGAUUUCAAGAAAUAGUAGAUUUGAACGCAAGUAAUAUAAUGGCCGCGAGUACUACAAACCAAAGAGAAUGGAUGGUUGAACUCCAGAAGACCAUAUCAAGGGAUGAGAACUAUGUUCUCAUAACAUCUGUUCAAUUAGUGGGCGUUUGUCUCUUCCUUUUCUCGCGACCAAAAUAUGCGCCAUUUAUUAGAGACGUAGCCAUAGAUCAGGUGAAGACUGGUUUGGGCGGUGCGGCGGGCAAUAAGGGCGGAGUUGCCAUUCGGCUAUUGUUUUACAAUUCGUCGCUUUGUUUUGUUUGUUCGCAUUUCGCCGCCGGUCAGCACCAGUUCGCCGAACGCAACGCCGAUUACGCGGAGAUCACUAGAAAGACAUCGUUUCCAAUGGGAAGAUCAUUGAAUUCACACGACUAUGUCUUCUGGUGCGGAGACUUUAACUAUCGCAUAGAUCUGUCCAACGAUGAGGCGAAGCAAUUGGUCAAAGACCGCGAUUGGACUGCACUUCUCGCCGCCGAUCAACUCAAAUGUCAACAAAACGAGUCAAAAGUGUUCAGGAAUUAUAUUGAAGGCGACAUCUGUUUCGCUCCGACCUAUAAGUAUGACAUCAAUAGCGAAGACUACGAUACGAGUGAGAAAUGUCGGGUUCCGGCCUAUACUGACCGCAUACUCUUCAAGAAGAGAUAUCCCACCGCUUCUAAUGAAAGCAUGGAUUCAUUGAAUUACGGAAAGAUUGUUCACUACGGAAGGGCUGAACUCAAAACAUCAGAUCACAGACCAGUGAUCGCAGAACUGUUGUGUGAAGUACUUGUUAUCGAUGAAGAGAAGAGAUCUCAGGUGUUUCGUAGUGUAUUGGAACAAAUGGGUCCAUUGGACGCUACAGUCGUCGUCAGUCCCUAUGACUCGGAUGACGACAAUUGUUUUGAUGACAUGUUUGUCACACAACUUCUCAAACGUUUGGCCAACGAAUCGGGAGAAAUAAUUUUAGCCCGUUUUGGGGACAAUAACUUGAGGGUCACCUUCAGAGAGGGUCAGUGCGCUCUGAAAGCGGCUAAAUUGGAGUCGAUAUCUGUUUUGAAUAAGACGUUUGUUAUUGAGUUAAAGACCAAGAAUUGGAUCGAAGCCGUCGAAGAAGAACUCAAACUUGGAAUUAAUAAUACGAUUCCUUUAUUAGAAAAGUCGUCGGAAUUUAACGAUUUCGAUGAUAUGAACCACUCUUUGGGUCCCACUUUUGAUCCAAUGGCGUAUCCCAUGGCGGCAGACGAAGAGACUGAUAUUUGUUCCAAUUCUUCGGGACACAGCUCUCCUAUUCCUCCAAAUGAUUCCAACGAACCAUCGGAAAGACCGCCUCCACUGCCGGGCCGUUCAACGCCGACAGUUCCCCCGCCGGCGCGUCCGCCUCCACCCAAAAAUCCAAUGGCUUCUCCAUCGCGACCGCCGCCCCCGGCAUCCAAAGUGGCCGUCAAACCAAUAAAUAUCCCGCUAACGGAUCCAUGGAAUGAUAAUUUGUCGAGUCCAGAAGUAAAUAAGCCGUUAAAACCAGUUCCGGUCAGACCGGCGCCACUCCCGCCGCCAACCAAUGGUUGGAAUAAAAGCGCAGAAUUGGGAGAGACUUCAGAACACGACUCGAGUUUUGAUUUGCCUCCGCCUUCAAUGCCGGCGCCGCCACUCCCUCUCACGCACUCCGACACUAGCUUUGAAGCCGAGAAGAGCGCUCCACCGCCUCCUCCCAGAGUGGACUCAUUCAAAGACUGUUCAGAAGAGCCCCCUCUGUCACCAUUUCUGUACGAACUGCCGCCGGCGCCCCCUUUGCCCCCCAUCACCAACGAAGAGCCGCCUCCUAUUCCUUCGCGACCAAACAUUGCAUCCAUUUUGGAAUCGACUCAAGACUUUAUUUCAGUGCAAACAAAUCCGCCGCCAAUACCCGCCAGAACUGUCGCUAAGCCUCCCAUCAUUCCUCCUCGACGUACGGCUCAAUGAUUCAACAAACAGUUCUAGUCUUUGACUUCAAAUCAAUUAUUAAGUCUUUAUGACAUGAAUUGAGAAAAUGUCUAAAACAAUGAAAUUCUGGCUUUAAUUCCAAUAUUAUUAAUAUUCUGAAUGAUAUACAAAAUUAUUUGCUAAAUAAGUGAUUCAAGUCUAUGGCAAACAUUGUAUGGCAUUAUAUUGUGGUGAUUAGCCAUACCUUCGAUGCUAUGGACUAUUUGCGACACAUUUCAAUGCUUAUAUCAUUGCAGUGACAGACCAUUCGCACAAUUUCUUAUCGUGAAAUACAGAUCACAGCAUAAAU